AUGUCCAUGUCAAUGGGCGAUAUGCCCAUGGGCUCGAUGUCCAUGGGUGACGGCGUCCCGGGUCUGUUCUACUUGCAGAAUAUGUACUGGGUCAUCGUGGGGAGCGCUAUCGCUGCCGCCGCGGUGGUCAAUACCCUGAAUCGAGUGCUGGCCCAGCACCGACUUCGAGAUUCCUCGGUCACCCCCGCAAAGCCCAAGUCACACUUCUUCAGUAUCUAUGCCACACUCACAGCAACAGCCCGAGAAGUGAGCUAUGCAACAAUCCACCCUCUCUCUGUGGGCAAAUACACAAUCCACUUCCCACCACUCGGCCCCGUUCUCAUCAUCCUCGCCAAUCUAAUCGUGGUGCUCGUUCUCUGCUUCUACAAACUCGACACCACCAACGUGUGGAAAUGGGAAAAUGUCGGCUACCGUACCGGCUUCAUCGCCAUCUGUCAACUACCACUAAUCUUCCUGCUCGCGGGGAGACAAAAUAUCAUCGGCUUGUUAGUAGGUAUGAGCUAUGCCCGCCUGAAUUGGUUCCACCGCUGGAUUUCACGCACUCUGUGGUUGACAGCUACUAUUCACAUGGGAUUUUGGUUCCGCAAUUGGGCCCGCUAUGACUAUAUCACCUACAAAUUGAAGAAUGACCCGCUCACAACACGCGGGUUUGCGGCGUGGUGUAUUCUUACCUUGAUCAUGCUGACCUCCCUGGCCCCUAUUCGGAGAUUGAGCUACGAGAUUUUUGUUCUGCAGCACCUGGUCACGUUCGUCGGGUUCAUUGUUGCUGUGUGGCUGCAUGCUCCCAACGAAGUCAAGGUCUGGGUAUGGAUUCCCAUUGGUAUUUUGGUGUUUGAUCGUGUGGCAAGGUAUGCUUGGGGAGCAUAUGCCAACCUAUCAAUCUUCCAUCGCAAGUGCACCGAGAGCGCCAUCUGGACACAUUCGGCCUCUUUCACGGCGCUGCCGGGAAACAUCACAAAGGUGACCAUCCAGAAUCCCGGCAUCCACUGGCAACCGGGUCAGCAUGUCUUCCUGACAUGCCACUCCCUCGUCCCGCUGCAAAGUCACCCAUUCACCAUUGCAUCUAUUCCCGAAGAUAACAAGAUGGAGUUCUUCAUCCGUGCCGAAAAUGGUGGUACAAGGAGAUUCUUCCGCUAUGCAUCGAAGGGCAGAGUCCUGGGCGCCGAAGCAGCACCGACGGCUCGCGGCCGAACUGUCUUUGUCGAGGGACCGUACGGAACUAUUAGGAGCCUAUGCCAAUUCGAUAGCGUCGUGCUUAUGGCCGGUGGCAUGGGCGCAACAUUUGCCAUGCCACUACUGCGAGAUAUCGCUUCAGCGUGGAAGAAAGAAAUUCUGAGUGAAGAUCAGAGAAAAUCCACCCAUAUGCGACGGUUGACAGCUACUAAGCGGAUUCGAUUCGUCUGGGUGAUUAAGUCUCGCUCCCAAUUCAACUUAUUCGAAAGCCAGCUGCAGUCUGUACUGGCUAAUAUAAACGAAUGCCGUCGCGUCAAGCCAGACUUCAACAAGGAGAUCGAUAUCAGCAUUUACAUCACAUGUGACGAAAAACUCGAACCUCCCACCGUCCCGCAAACACUACAAUUGAUCUCGCAGGGACUUGUUGACGAUCAAUCGUCCGUAUGGCAUGAGGAAAAGACUGCAAUUGCGACAGAUCAUGUUUCAGUCCGCUCUAUUUCAACAGAAUCAUCUUCGUCCUCCGCAGCUGCAGGAGUGGGCAAAGGAUGCCUUCCCAGUCGAGGAUGUUGCUGCACCGAGCCAAUCGAAGAUGAAGAUGCGAUUUCCCCCGACGCGUGUACCUGCUCGGGUCCGUCACCUGCGUCCCCCGGGCUAGUCGUGCCAGAGACAAUAGCCGAGAAGACGACAGACACCAAGACCGCGGGAUCACUGGAUUCCAAGGCAAACUUUGUAUCUGGCCGGCCCUAUCCACGCACAAUCAUCCGCAAAGUCCUCGAAAAAGCCGAGGGCGAGAGCGCGGUAGUGGUAUGCGGUCCCAUGGGAUUAGCAGAUGACGUCCGCCGCAGCGUGGUGUAUCUCAGCGAUGAACGGGCAGUACACAAGGGAACUGGAGCACAGGGUAUCUAUUUGCAUGUUGAAAAUUUCGGGUGGUGA